AUAAAAUUAUUUAAAAACUAUAUAAAAAGUUCAACAAAAUAAAAGAAGGUGGUAAAAUUAUAUUUAAAAAGUAAAAAUAAUUUCAUCCGAAUAAUGAAUGAGAUACGGAGUAAAAAAAGGGAAAGAAACACUAAAAGAGAAAAGAGUAUAAAAAAGAGUAGAUUUGAUCUGAUCCUUUGAAUGCAGUCACCGGAAGCAGCGAAAUCGCCGGAAUAUGGUGGGCGCGAUAAGAGCUGCGGCGAGCUUUCCAGUCACCGCGGAAUCCCGCAGCAGAAGCUCAAGAGACGGCGGCGCGUCUUCUUCAAAUGCUCAGAGAACGACGGUCCGAACUCCCCUUCUUUCGGCUUCUAAACGUUCGUGGGUCGUCAAAACUCAGUAUAACGUUGGAAGAGAAUGGAGAAACAAAGCAAAUCCUCCUUGUGUCGUCUGUGUAGGGAGUGGCCGAGUGGACUGCGACCGCUGCAAUGGAAGAGGGAGGACAAACCAUGUGGAGCUAGAAAUGCUUCCCAAAGGACAUUGGCCAAAAUGGUGCAGGUGUUGUGGUGGAAGUGGGCUGAGCAACUGCUCCCGCUGCCUCGGGACCGGGGAGUAUCGUCAUAUAAUGGGAUUUGACUUCAUGUUUAGCCAGUCUACCAACGGUGGUGACGGUUAAUUUGUUACAUUGUACUUUGUUAC